CAAGAAAAGGAUAAUGCGCCAAAUGGAGAUGGAGAAAAGAAGGAAAAUUAGCCCGCAGAGUCCAAGUGCGCCAAGAAGAAGAAAAAGAAGGAUAAAGCUUCAAAGGAGGUCAAAGAAUCACAGGAUCAACCAAACACUCAGGGCCACUAAUGAACUGAGUGAAGUUACUGAAGUCGAACAGAUGGAGGAGGAUACGUCAAAUAUUGACAUGAAGGAGCGAUUAAAGAAGGUUGUAUCAGUGAAGAAGAAGAAAUCUAGUAAAGAGUUGGAUGCUGCGGCAAAAGCUGCUGCUCAAGAGGCAGCUACUAGGAGAGCACGACUUGUUGCAGCUAAGAAGAAAGAGAAGAACCAUUACAACUAGCAACAUGUGCAGUAAAAAGCCCAAAUUUCGUUCAACAUCGUUAUAUAUGAACAUGUAAUUUCUCUUUGUUCAUAAGGGCGAAGUUGUGCGAAACAAAGAGUGGGUGUGGCGGCUGUGGGUUAAAAUUUUUAUUGCGCAGUGGACUAGUAGGAAGUUUUCACAUUUGGC